AUGAACUUCCUGUUAGCGCUGCAGCAUGGAGAGAGCUCAUACAUGAACUUCCUGUUAGCGCUGCAGCAUGGAGAGAAAAGAAGCAGACCGGCUGAUGAGACGGUAAGUAGAAACCUCUCAGCCCUCGGGGUUCGGGUCAGGACUCGGGGUUCGGGUCAGGACUCGGGUCAGGACUCGGGGUUCGGGUCAGGACUCGGGGUUCGGGUCAGCCCUCGGGGUUCGGGUCAGGACUCGGGUCAGGACUCGGGGUUCGGGUCAGGACUCGGGGUUGGGGUCAGGACUCGGGGUUCGGGUCAGGACUCGGGGUUCGGGUCAGGACUCGGGGUUCGGGUCAGGACUCGGGGUUGGGGUCAGGACUCGGGGUUCGGGUCAGGACUCGGGGUUCGGGUCAGGACUCGGGGUUCGGGUCAGGACUCGGGGUUCGGGUCAGGACUCGGGGUUCGGAUCAUCAUGCCUCGUUCCUGUUUCCUCUUCCUGUUGCUGCUUCGUUUUAACCCUUCGCUGACGUACUCUCUGAAGAACUGCACCGUCGAGUACUCUGCAGACGUCAGCCAUGUUUCGGUUUUGUGCAUGGACCGAGAACUCACCGCCGUUCCCGACGACAUCCCCAAAACCGCCCAGUCGCUCAUCCUCAGCACCAAUCAGAUCCUGAGUAUCAACCAGACGGACCUGAGAGGCUUGUCCAAGCUCGUUUUCUUCCUGAUGCAGUUAAACUCUCUGUCACACGUUGCCGACGGUGCUUUUGCAGACUUGGUGGAGUUAACGGAGCUCGAUUUAAGUUGUAAUGACCUCACAGACCUCACAGACGACAUGUUUCAGGGACUCACCAAAUUACUGAGUCUGUCUUUAAACCGUAAUCAAAUCGCGUACAUCUCUCCGCUGGCCUUUCAGCCGCUGAUAAACCUACAGAAAGUAGACCUGGCUGAUAACGAGCUGCGUGUGAUCACUUACAUUGUGCCUAUUUUGCAGCUGUCAAGCUUAAAUGAAUUACACAUUGGGACAAACAGGUUCACUACCUUCGAGUCUGAUGAUCUGCAUUUAAACAUCUCCAACCUGAGGAGACUGGAGUUUAAUUUGAAUCCACUGGAAAAGUUCAGCAUCACAAAAGACGUCUUUCCUCAUCUAGAGUACGUCGAUUUGUCCAAAUGCAGCGUCGGCUUUGAGUGGAACGUACCCGACAAGACGUUUCUGAGGAGCUUGACUAGUUUGUUAUUAAGUGGAACUGAAAUAAGUUUUGAGACGUACAGCUCGAUGCUUCGGAGCGCUGAGUCGGUGGAGUAUCUGUGGCUCAGCUACACCACUGAAUGGUUUGAUAAAGGUUUGAUAGACGUCGCCUGCCAGAUUCCUGCCUUAACUAAUCUUGAUUUGACUUGUAAUGACAUUCACAUUUUAAACGACACACUGCUUCAGCCUUGCUCCAAAAUCACCCAGCUAGCUUUAGUCGGUAACGUCAUGACCCACCUUUCGGAGGACUCACUCAGACCUUUGACUCAGCUCGUGGAACUACGUUUACACCAGAACUUUCUACCAGAAGUGCCGUUUGCCGUCAGAGGUCUCUCCUCCCUUGCAGUCUUAACUCUGAGUUAUAAUGAUAUCGGAGAGCUCGGCUGCUCCGACUUCCUGAACUUAACGAGUUUGAUGCAGAUCUUCCUCAAUAACAAUCGCAUCUCAAGACUCAGAGGAUGUGUUUUUCAAGAGUUGAAGAAUUUAAGAUUACUCUACAUUGAAGACAAUCCAAUUUACAGUUUGGAUGAUACUUUCAAAGUCAGUCUGAAGAGCUUACGUAUUUUAAAUAUGCACAGUAAUGAUUUGAAGGGACUCAGUAAAGGCGUCUUUGAGAACCUGUCUUUCCUCCUGAAUUUGGACUUAAAGUCCCGGUCAAUUUGUCACGAGGAAAACGGGACUUUUGAAGGACUCGAUCAUCUCCAAACGCUUGUCCUUACAGCUUACUCUCUCACAACAGACAUGUUCAGAGGACUGCCACACUUAGAGAACCUGACAAUAACCCUCCCCAUUUUUCUCAACAGCUUGAGUCAUCAAUUACCUAAGGAGCCCCCUUUCUUAAAUGUACCAUCUUUGAGAGAGCUUGCAAUCCAAAACAUGAAUAAAUAUAACAUGGUUAUCACACCAGACCUGCUCAGGGGCCUGAACUCUUUAGAGAACUUUGCAGCAGUGAAUUUCUUCGCAGGGCCACCGCAUCCAGACACAUUUACCUACACUCCUCACCUGAUAAGUCUUCAGAUAACUGACAGUAACGUCUCAUAUCCAGAACCUGAAAUGGUUCGGCCGAUCCCAAACCUGCAGUCCCUCGAUCUGUCCAAGAACAAACUCAGAUCUUUGGAUUUUCUGGCUCAGGCCGACCUGCCGGUUCUCAGCUGGUUGAAACUCAGUGAGAACGAGUUGACGGUGAUCAAUGAGACGGUCUUCCAGUCUCUGCCUGCACUAACAUAUCUGGACCUGCUUGGUAACCCUUUCACCUGUAGCUGCUCUAAUGUCGGCUUCAUCCAAUGGAUGAUUAGCAACAACCAGACACAAGUUGUUAACGCCUACCAGUACACUUGUUCCUUUCCUCCCAGUAAACAAGGAAGCAAGCUGCUGGACUUUGACAUCCAGUCCUGCUGGAUGGACGUUAACUUCCUCUGCUUCAUUUCCAGCACUUGUCUGGUUGUGCUAACUCUCCUCACAUCCUUCAUCUACCACUUUCUGAGGUGGCAGCUAACCUACGGCUUCUACCUCUUCCUGGCCUUCCUCUAUGACAAGAGGAAGAGGAAGCAGGAAGCUCCUCACUGCUACGACGCCUUCAUCUCCUACAACGUUCAUGACGAGGCCUGGGUUUACCAAGAGAUGCUUCCAGUGCUGGAAGGAGAGCAGGGCUGGAGACUCUGUCUGCACCACAGAGACUUCCAACCAGACAGUUUCACUUCCCUAUUUGAUGACCAGCAGUGUUUACAGGUUCUGAUGCUCAGUGCAGUGAAAUGUGACCGAUCUCACAGACAUCUCCAGGUGCAGAGAGAUAAGCUGUGCCCUGAUUCAUGGCUGGAUGAUUUUAAAGUGUUAAAAACUCUGCCCAUAAAGACCUCGGAGGCACCUACUCCUUCUACCCAAAUCACAUGA